AUGAAGUUCACCAACGUCGCCGUCUCUACGGUCUCGGCCCUCGCUCUCGUGAGCUCCGCACUUCCUCUCGGCGGCCGCUCUGUCGCACUCAAUGACCUACAUGCGAGGCAGAGUAGCACGUCUAUCACUAAUCUUGGCUCUACUAUUACCGCUGGUCUCGCCCCCCUCAUCUCUAGCCUUGGUGUUACCACCAACCCAAGUGCUGUCCAAGUCACCAAGCGUGAUUUAAACUACUCCUGUGAUAUCCCUCUAUUGGAUAACUCGGACGAUUUUAUUUUCGCCAGCUUUACUGAUCCGACUGUCGCUUUUACCCGUCCCUCGCCCAUCGGCACUACCAUUGUGAACCCCCCGCCACCGAUGACCUUCAAGGAUGUCAAACUGUCCGCCAAGAUAGACAUAAAGAGCAUCCUUGAAAAAGUGGAAGCAAGUCUGAACCGAGAAAAGAAAGCAAAGCUUUGA